AUGUCUACUACUACUACUACUACUACUACUACUACUACUACUACUACUACUACUACUACUACUACUACUACUACUACUACUACUACUACUACUACUACUACUACUACUACUACUACUACUACUACUACUACUACUACUACUACUACUGCUACUACUACUACUACUACUACUACUACUACUACUAGUAUGAGACUCCUUAGAAGUACGCAUCCACGAUCUCGAACGUAG